AUACCGUAAUCCUCGCGUGGCGCCACGUGUUGCAGUGAUUUCUCAAAAUCCUUCCAGUUCUCAGAGCAAAACUCUGCAAAAUCGACGAUGCUUCCGUCGCGAAGUGAAAGUGACGAUGAUAAAUAUAUUCCAUCAGGGCUCUUAAAUAUUGCCGGCAGUACAGCGAACACGAACGAUAUAAAAGUCAGUGAAAUCUGUGAGUUCUACAAUGACAAUAAACCAGCAUGCAAUGUCGUCGAGAAAUCUUCAAGAGAAUCUGAUGUUUUCGUGGAUUUAUCUGGAAAGGAAGCUGAAAUAAUUGCCCGGCCUGCACCUAUCGCUCCCGUUUCUUCGGAUGCUUCGAAACCUUCGAAUUCACCAUCAGUCGCUUCUCGAAUUCUCACGAUUCCGCCGGGUUCUCAUGUUUUAGGACUUCCAGGUGUUGAUCCAAGGGAGAUCUCUACAAUGCCAAGUCAAUCACACAUGCCAACAUUCUCUCCUCCCGGUCCAGUGAAGCGCCAAAAUGUGUAUCACCAUGCCCCAUUGCAAAUUCCGGCGAUUUAUGCGGUUCCAGGCCACCCGAUGAUUCAUCAGAGACCAAUGCCAUAUUGUCCUCCAGGAUUGUUGGCCUUGAAACAGAAAUCAUUGGCAACAAUGCAGCUUCCAGUGACCAUGAUCAAUCCGAACGCUGGGAUGUACCCACAUGUCAUAGUACCAAUGCAUCCUCAAAUGGCCGCGAUGGCUGCGACAUUCAAUCCUGGAUUGAUGGUUGUUUCGCAUCCAGUACCAGUCAUUCCAAUACCGUCGAAUUCGUCUCAAAGUUCACAACCACCUAUGCCAGCUCCACAGCCAACUACUCCAGAAGAACCACGAGUUUGUGCGGGACUUAGGAAACAAUUGAAAAUGGAAGCUGCUGCAAGAUUUAAAGCUGAACGAGAUGCACAAAAAGCUAAAUUAAAAGCUGAAAAGCUGGCUGAAAAGACAAAAACCACGGUUGUCAAAAAGAAAAAAGAGAAGAUUUCCGGACAGUCGAACAGAAAAUUUUCGAAUUUUUCGAAAGAUAUGUUUGUGAUUAGACUGAAAGAUGUGGAUUCCUUCGAUCGAAACAACGAAAUAUGGAGAAUCGACAAUCACGUUUUGCUGCAAAAGUUCUGUGGAGUUCCAUCACUUCGUGCACCAGCACGACAGUUUCAAUCAACAAAUAGAAUGUCUGGAUAUGAUUCUCGUGCAACCUGGAGACUUUUCAUUAUUAAUCCUGAUAAUGUUGAAGUUAAUGAAUAUGGAUCAGAAGUCACCAUCCGUGAAUAUCCAUCGAUCAACGAUCUUCGUCAAGCGAAACAACGGGCUGAGCUAAAAGAUGGAGCAUUUAGCGAGAUCGAGAAGAGUGAAUACGGCGAAAAAGUGAUUAGGCAUGAAGCAAAGAAACUUUCAAGGGAACAAAAAAGGCUUGAGCGUAAGCAAAGAAAACUGCAAUGGAAGCGACAAUUUACAACUGCAUCUUCGAAAUUUCAAUCGACUUCGGAUAAUCCAUCUGAGCUGAACGACGCAGAAAAAGCGUUGUCUAACUCCAGAAUGGGUGAACGAGAUGAGGCCGUCUGUCGGGAUAUCAUCGCCGAGUUGUUGGAUGCUAUAGAAGUUAAUGAAUAUGAUGAUGAAGAUAGCUGUAUGUACAGUGAUUUGGAAUCAAGUUCAUCUGAAGAUGAUGAAGAAGAUGCCGGCAGUCUUAUUUCUGUGGCGUAUUCAACAGAUAAUGAGGAUUUCAAAUCAUGCAAAAUCGAGUUGUUUCAAGAGGAUGAGCUCCCAGAAGUUGCACUGGAGCUGACUAUUGAUUAAAUGUUUUUUUUUCGUUUUAUCAUCAUCAUAUAGUGUUUAUAAUUUAAUUCUUGUAUUAUCGAUAGUCUAUUCCUAACGUGUUUUAUUAAUACAUAUAAUUUAUUUAUAAUGAAUGCUUAAAAAAUCAGCAUGGGAUUUAAUUUUACGUGAACUGUAUUAUUCUAUUAAUAAAGUGUAGAUUCGGAAGAAAGA